CCGACCGCUUCUCAGCAUCCUGUUUUUUUUCCCCUUCUCUCUGUUGACCGCCUCCGUCUCGCGCUUUGCACCGUGGCUGAGUUGGAAUCUUCUGCUUGCUGCUGCUGCAUGCCGUUGCCGUUGCUCGUUUGCUUCUGCAGCUGCAAGUGAGAAAUUUCGCGGCACAUCUUCCCGAGUACCUGUUAACCAGAUCAAUCAGGGCGUGCUGACCGCUUGGCGACCCUGAAUUGCUGACCACCGCAAGAAAGGAGACAUCUUUUCUCACGGCUAUUCCCAAUUGGCCAAUCCGAGUUGCAUUCCUCUGCUGCAGGAUCGCGUUGCACACACACGAAAGAGAGGCACCGAGUAAGCACCAGCCAAGAUGCCUAUCCGCGUCAAGUCCAAGAAAAUGCCAAAGUCCCGGGACAUGAGCCCCGUGUCCAUGCACUUUGACACGUUUGAGCUGCCCGACAUUGACACGGACGAUACCUUCCGCGAGGUCGUCAAGAAGCUCUCCGUAUACUUCACCGAUGUCAUUGUCCUGCCGAGCACCUUUGAGCAGCUGCGUACCACCCAGGCCGGUGAGCCGUUGCGAGUCUUGGUCGAUCACUUGAAUGCCACCUGCACCAACCGGGCCAUUGUCAAUGCCCUUCUCGCACUGAAAUGGCACUAUGCCGUCGAUGAGGCCGAGUCCAACAAAGGCCUUUGCGAAGCCCGCGCCAACGCCUGUGAGAUUGUCGCCUGGCGCUUCCUCACCCGCCUCUCGGAGCGCGAGGCCGUCGACUUCUGCCUCUACGAGAUCCCCGACCCAAAGGAGCCGGCCACCCCGCCGCCCAACGCGGAUCUUGAGAGCAAUGAAAACUCCCCUCUGCUCUCCGGCGGCAGCUGGUCCAACCGCAGCGGCAGCCGCCGCGCCUCCGUCCGCCCGGGAAGCAGCGCCAAGCGCUACCAGCUCUUGUCCUCCCUCUCCAGGCUCACCAUGAGCAUGCACGCCGACCAGGACGAGGAAGAGGAAGACGACCCGACCUCGCCCUUCACCAACCUCAACGCCCUCGAGAUCGCCGCCGUCGCCGACGCCAAGCGCUUCCUCAGCCAGCACGUUGUGCAGAAGAUUGUCACGGGCAUCUGGAACGGCGACAUCAUCUUCUGGGACAGCCUCUCGGUCCACGCCGAGAAGAAGCCCCGCUUCUACAACGCCCACACGACCGACAUCUUUUCCCGCCUGCGCGUGCCCAAGUACCUCAAGUUCUGGGAGGCCUUCUUCUUCUUCAUCUUUCUGUGCCUGUACUACUCCGUCCUCGUCACCCAGAACACCGAACGCAUCACCCACAACGAAAUCGUCCUGUACGUCUGGCUUGCGGCCUUCCUCUACGAUGAGCUCAGCGAGUGGGCCGAUGCCGGAACCAUCUUCUAUGCCACGGAUAUCUGGAAUUUGUUUGACAUGAUCAUGAUAGGCAUCGGCAUCACCUUUGCCGUUCUGCGCGUUAUCGGUAUUGCCAACCACGACAUGAAGAUGACCGACACCGCCUUCAACGUCUUUGCUCUGGAGGCUCUCUUCAUGGUCCCGCGCGUGUUCUCCCUCCUCAGCUUGUCACCCUACUGGGGAACCCUCAUCCCCUGCCUGAAAGAAAUGAGCAAGGAUUUCAUCAAGUUCAUGGUUCUCGUGGUCAUCAUCUACCUCGGCUUCCUCACCACCUUCUCCCUCAUCGGCCAGGACGCCUACACGUUUUCUCACAUGACCAUGAUCCUCACAAAGAUCUUCUUCGGCUCCUCCUACGUCGGCAUCGAAAUCAUGGACGACAUUGACAAAGUCUUUGGCCCCCCUCUCAUGAUCAUGUUCAUCAUCCUCUCCUCCUUCCUCCUCAUGGGCUCCCUGACCGGUAUGCUCUCCAACUCCUUCUCCCGCGUAAUCACCCACGCCCGCGAGGAGUACCUCUACGUCUACAGCGUCUACGUCCUCGAGGCCUCGACCAGCAACCGCCUCACCCACUUCUACCCGCCCUUCAACCUCAUCGCCCUCGUCAUCUUCCGCCCCCUCCGCCUCUUCCUCCCCUCGGACGACAAGUUCCGCCACGGCCGCAUCAUCCUCCUCAAGGCCACCCACCUCCCCAUCGUCGGCAUGAUCCAGCUCUACGAGAGCAUCCGCAGCCGCGUCCACUCGGACGAGUACGCUGGCUUCAAGGGCCCGCGCGGCCUCACCGGCGCCACGAAGCAGCGCUCCCUCGGUGUCUUCCAGGCGAACCGCCCUUCGUCGGGAUACCGCGCUAGUGGGAGGUCGCCACGCCCCGCGGAGCGCAACAAUCACCCUUCCUCGCACCACUCGUCGCGCCCGCAGACCCGCGCUGCGGAAGCCGACGACAUGGACGCGCCCUCCGUGGUCGAGGUGCGCAUCUCGGAGCUCACUGACAAGAUUGAUAAGCUCACCGCGCUCGUCGAGGCUCUGCAGUCGCAGACGCAGCCCGGUACCUCCCCCUCUACCUCCUCUUGAAAGCUGGACUACAAUGGUCCACCCAUUUUGGUCUAGAUAGGUAAGGUUCGGCCUUACCUGAAUCUGGCUUUCUCCCAACGUUGGAUUGAUGUCAAGAUGUUGUGUGUGUCACGCGCGCAUGUGCGUCUGUGUAUGUGUGUAUGUGUCUCGUCGAUCAGUGAGAAUCUCGGUUGGAUCUAUCUGCAUUGCCCGGUGCAUUUUCGGUGCCUGUCUUUCUGUUUUUGGUUUUGGUUUUGGUUUCAGCUCGAUGUGCAUAUGCGUUUUGCUCUUUUCUGGAUGAGAUGAAAGUAUGUGGGAC